AUGUCGGCUGUAGAUGCUGACCACAGACAAACCGUUGAUGACCCAUGUGACUCUACGAUAGUUCUGGAUUCCUUGAAACAAAGAGUGAUUGGAUACACUCUUUCAGCAGACGAGACGCCUCUCUGCGACUAUUAUAUGACAGAGGGAUGGUAUAGCAUGGGCACGAAUAACGUAAUUGCUAAGUCUGAACAAUUAUGUGGCACAGUGUACAAUUGGUACCUGCAAGGAGAUCUUCCAACUGAUGACCAAAUAACAGGAAUAACUGUGUGCAGAAAUGGCGGUAAGGGUAAUAUCUGUUCUGAAGCAAGGACAAUCCAUGUUAAAAGAUGUGAAGAGAACAGAUAUGUAUUUGAUCUUGUUGCGCCGGAUGGCUGUCCGGAAGCAUAUUGCAUUGAGAGUUUACAACCAUCCAAUGAAACUGAUACCCCACCAGAUAUUUCAAGUGUAAAACCGGUUAUAGAAGCGGUUGUCGUCAAACCUGGUGCUACCAAUAUGCUAAACUUUUUUUGCGAUUUUACUCCGCCGGCUGGAACAAACUACUUUUACGCUGUGGAAUGGGGAAUUUCAACUGGUCGUUCAUGGACACAUACAAUAAAACGGUUUGACCCAAUACAAUAUGUAAGCCAGUUUGACUUCAGAGACAAGACUGCACUCACAGAAGGAAUGUUAAGAGACAAGAAUUUUGGUCAUCUCGGAAUUACUAUUGCAUGUUCGGUAACAGCACAACAUGAUGAAAUUGGGACUUCAAGUUUAGCAAGGGAAAGUAAUCCGAAGUUCUUCGGAAUUGAGGUGCUUAACAAAACCAUCCGAGUAAGCAACAAAGAAGAUACGACCAUAUUCUUGCGUAUCACUGUUCCUUUUGGCUGUGCCGAUGUCGAAUUAGGAAAAUGUAGUAUGGACGUGAAUGUUUUCAUUCCAAGAAAAUCAAAAAGCUGCAAGAUGCCAGAUUUAUCACAAACAAAGGGUGUUCGGAAUAGAUGUGGAUUAAGUUUUAGAAGUGACAGAAUUAACCAAUGGGUGCCAUUACAUCUGACUGCUUUUGACGGAGUAACAAGGCUGGAUAUAACGACGAAAUUUAAUUUAGUUCUAAAUACACGUGCCACUGUUCCGACACACCCUUUCUUUGCGAAUUAUUUUCUUGAUCCUAUAAAGGUAGAGGUACAUACAGAUAUGACAUUGCUGAAAAACAAACUGUGUUAUUCGCACAACGAUCCUCACAUGGGAUCAUUUGACGGAAUACGUUACGAAAACCAGAACAGUGGAAAAUUCAUUCUCUACAGAAAUACAAAGUAUCAGACGCAGGUCCAAAUGCAAACAACAGAAUGCUACACAAAUAUAUGGUGUAAUUGUGGUGUGGUGGUAAAUGCUGGUAGAGAUGUGUUUAUUGUUAACAACUGCGGAAACGGAGUAAAACGAAAAUGGAAUAUACGAUUUAGGGAGUGCCAAGAUAGAAUACUUCGACGAAAGGUGUUCAAAGUCAACAAUUCAAAGUACGAAGUUAUUUUACCAACCGGAACAAAAGUUACAAUAAAACUGUACGGACAUCUUCUUAACGUUGAUAUUGCACCAGGUUUAGCUGAUUACCUGAACACUGAGGGCUUAUGUGGAAAAUUUGAUGGUGACAUCAGUAAUGACAGAGCAAAGCGUCCUGAUUCUAAAGAAACUGAUCCAAAUAAAAGCUGGAGGGUGAAGGCAGAAGAGGAUCUCUUUGAUUCUCGUAAUGAUGACAAUCUUGAAAUAUGGAAAGAAGAACGAUUGCUUUGUUCUUGCAACGCAGAUGGCGGUUCUGUCAAUAUAGUAGAUAAAGUGACGUGCCAUCCUACUGUAUCAAAAACUUGUCAAGAUGAUCGGGAGGAGCCUAUUUUAGAACACCAGUGCUCUUUUAGUGUUAGAAAAAGAAGGAAUGUGCACGGAAUGUAUGUACAGAAAGAGUUGGACUUACACCGAACGGUGGAAACCAGUUUUGUGUCAAAGAGGCAUUCUACCCAUAUUCCAGAUUUUCCACUUUUGGUUUCAAAACGAAUGACAUAUGAUUAUGAAAGUGCAAAGGCAGAUUGCCAGGAAGCAUUCAACACCGACGUAUUUUCAACAUGCUCUUCAAUUCCAGACAUUAACCUGGAUGAUUUCAUAGAAAACUGCAUAUUGGACGCCCAGAUUACGAAUUCAAUGGACUGGGCACUCACACAUUUAGAAGCUUUGAAAGAUAAAUGUAUGCAUGAAAUAAAAGUUAAUCAACCGUUGUCAGCUGAUGAAUUGGCCGAAGUGGAUAUUAUUGUGAACAAUACUGUGAUAAAUACUGAAACAAGAUUAAAUGACAGCUUAACCUUACCUUUAAUACCAACGUUCUCGACUGAAUUACUAGAGACUGUUGAAGAAGUCACCUGUCCUAAUGAAUGCAAUGGAAAUGGGAAAUGUGAAAAAGGAAUAUGUGUCUGCAGUGCAAAGUAUAUUGGAGAAGAUUGUAGUGUGGAUAGAACUGUACCACCUCUCAUGGAAGGAAUCCCUGACCGAGGAGAAUGCGACCUUCAAUUUAGAGAGUGUAAAAGGACGUCCGUAUUUGGAAGUAAUCUUGCGGAGACCGUAGACUUGACAUGUCAUCUCGUGCCAUUUGUGGUAAGUUCUAAAAGUGAAAUUGUAAAGAGUAAUAACAUCACUACUACAAAAGGUGAUCUACAAACUUUGGUUGAAGUUUCAUGCCCGCUUCAACAGUCGAGGAAGAAACGAUCUACUCUUGAACAAGAGGGCGACUACAUAGCUAGCGGUUAUGCAAUAUCAGUAAGCAAUGAUGGUGUAGAAUACAGUGAGGAAGACAUUCUUGUAGUGUUUGACUCGGAAUGUGUAGACUGCAUAAAACAAGAUGAAAAUGUAACCUGUAAACAAAAGCCAGGAUAUUGCGUAAAGAACGGACAGUGCUAUAGAUUUGGGGAAACAUAUGGAUGCAAUGUGUGUGUGGGUGGUACAGAUAAUCUGCUGUACUGGGAACCAGGUCGAGAUUGCCCAUUACCUGCCCCGCCACCAUCAGAGCCAAAGAACCUUUGGAUCAUUGCAGCUGUCGUGUGUCCAGUUGUCUUCAUUGUUGUCGUUAUCGGAGGACUAUUGUAUUAUCAAAGUAAACGAGCGAUGUCCAAGAGGAAAAAAAGUGGCAUGCAUUCUAUCGAUGUUCCGAAGUAGGAGUUGCUAGAGCAAUUCAAAAGAUAAUUUCUUAUCUGCUUUGACGUUAUUUUAUCCGAUAGACAGAAAAACAAUAUAUAUAUAUAUAAUUGUGCAUUAUGCUUUGUUUUGACAGUUGACUUUAAACUUAUCGACUUCGUAUAUCAUAGUUCUAAAUGAAAAUGUCCACUUUCGAUUGAAAUAUAUAGCUUUAUCUAAGAUUCUAUAAAUUGAUCAAUGUAAUAAAAUAUGUAUGAUUUCUGCAAUUUUACAGUUGACGUUUUCCGUCUGACUGUACGACCAUGUGUGUGUCAAGGAUUCCGUCGGUCCGUCCGAAAUUGGAAAUUGCUUAUAAUUCAAAAAGUAUUUUAGCUAGAAUCACCAAAUCACACAAAAGUAGUAACUAUCUGAUGACCUUUGCUAAAAUGUAGUAUUAUCUUCCUCCACUCAAUAAAAGAGUUUUUCCUAUUAAUUUGGUAAAAAUAUGGAUUCUUGACUGUAUCUAAACAAAAUGUUGAAGAAUCCUCAUCAAACUUUAAGUACAUGGCGGUGGUGCACGCGAAAUUUGUCAAGAUCAUUUUAGCAACUUUAGAGUUACUGCCUUUAAUUAUCUUAAAAUCCAUGUAUUCUCAAAUAACAAAAGUAUUCAUGGAUCGAUCUCCAUGAAGUUAAACACAAAUAUAGGUUACAUUAGGGCUGUGGUACAUGUAUAUUUUUCUUUAAUUGUUUUUAACUUCAUAAAUUCAUAAAAUUCAUAAUUAUGCCCACUUCACAAAGUAACCAAUUGAUGGAUCGUCAUGACCUUAACACAAAUAUGGAUCACUAUAGGACAGUGGUAUACACGCAAAUAUCGCCAUGAUUUCUUUAGUAACUGCAGGGUUUUUGCAAUGUAAAUAUUAUAUCCUCCAAACAUAUUCCUCUCAUGUACUGAACAAUCUUUUUGGCGGGAGAUGUUAAUUCAUCGAAUUUUCUUGUUUUACCUUGUUUUCCCUUUCAUGAAAACGUUGUAACAUCAGUUUUAGAAGCUAUUAACAUUUAUGCUAUCGGUUGAAAAUUUGGCAACGAUAUUGUUGAAAAUUUGACAGCAGUAUUAUCCAACGAACAGCGGUCUGAUUUUUUUAGAAGAAACGAAACAAACUUCUAACGCGUAAAAGUGCUAAUGUCAAUUAACUGACACUUCAAGAUACCCUGAAAUCCCGAAAAUAAGCCGGUUUUUAAAAAUAAGCCGGUCUCGAAAAUAAACCACCAUUUCGCUACAGGCCAAAAGGGCUCAUAAAUUAGCCUCACUAAAAAUAAGCAGUCUACUAUUUUGUAUCAGAAAUAGUAUCAAUGACCUUUUUAGGACACAAUAUAAGAUAGCAAAAGUUACCAACAUGUACAUAGCAGAUCUAUUUCCACACACAAUGCGGUGUUUAUCACGUAUUGUGUAAGUUACGCAUACCCUUUAGGCGAUUAAAUAUUAGGUGUAUUUAUUUGUUAGGACAGACAAAACUUUUUAAUCGAUAAUUAUCUGUUAUGUUCAUUAAGAACUUAAAACAACAAAAAAAACAGGUAUGUCAGAAGUAUAAGAAUUAAUCAACGACGAUGUUUUUACUAAAAAUCAAAAUAUAUGACAUCUGUAUCUGCAGUAUUUUGGUACUCGAAAGUACGCCUACCGGAUAUAUGUACUCUAAAGUUCGCCGGACUCAAAAAUAAGCCGGUCUCGACAAUAAGCCACCCAAUCCUUAUUUAAAAUAAGUCGCGGCUUAUUUUCGAGAUUUCGGGGUAUACUAGACAUAUGUUAUUCAAACGCUUUGCAUAAAAGAUAUUCUAAAAUAGUUUUAAUCUAGCCUCAUUCAUGUUCAUUUCAUUACUAUAUCUCUUUGCACCACAUAAUCUCACUGCUCAACGCUUUGAUAGUACUUUUGCCUAGAAUAGACAAACUGUUUCUAAGAGUUGUUUCUCUGUGUGUUCUUUGGGAUAUUUAAUAUUUAAUAGAAAAUGAGACACCAUAGAAAAAAAUAGGGUUAUUAUAAUAGAAGCUCGAUCUGGGAUGCUACAUUCGGCCGGGUGUGAUCCAACCUGGCAAAAUCCACGAGAGCCGAAUACCAGAUCUAGCUACUGUUAAAAUCACCCUUUUUAAAAUAUACCUCCACAUUUUAGUUGGUUUUUAUUGUCGAACAAAACCUUCAAUGUUUAUUGAUGUUAACACAGAACUGAGUGUAGUUUUGUGUGCGCUAUUUAUAGAACUUAGUCAGGACAUGCAUAUUAGAUUAAGGUAGUCUGGCAACAUAAAAUACAAAAGGUAUUAUACGAAAUAUUUUCUGUCUGUUCGUAUUUACUUGUGAUAGACAAGCCAUAUGUUUGACAAAGUUUACAUAGGUAAAAAUUAAAAUUUCAAAUUAUACUUUCAAAUUAUUCAGAAAGAACAAUGCACAAUCUAAAGUAAAGCAAUGGUAAUUUUGCUCAUCUCGCAGCUAAGAUGUUGAUGAAAUAAUUUACCUAGGCAUACGUCUCUCUUUGUUUCAAAAUAACGGCAUCGGGAAAACAUAUCUUUUCACGUAUAUCAGUUCUUCGCCAAUGGAUGUUAAAUAUAUACUUAAGUUGAUUGGUCGUUUCGCAAUGUCCAUUUAUUAUCAAAAUAAAAUAAACUAUUUUCUUAAUAAAGAAGUUCAAUUUCAAUCACUUGAAUUUUAUUUGCAAUUACGAAGGGACUUUUUUGACAUAUUUAAAACUGUUCUGGAACUAUUUCACUGUAAAUAAUUGCCUUGUAACAUGUGCGAAAUAAAACAUAACACACCCUAA